AUGUCGAAGGAUCCAUCGGAGUCCUACAAACCCUACACCCUCUGCGAAACCCUAACGGGCCACAAGAGUGCCAUUUCCGGCGUUAAAUUCUCCUCCGACGGCCGCCUCCUCGGCUCCUCCUCCGCCGAUAAGACCAUCCGCACCUACUCCCUCACCUUCUCCGAUGACUCUUCGUCCUCCACUCCCACCAUCUCCGCCGCCCAAACCUUCGAGGGCCACUCGCAGGGCGUCUCCGAUCUCGCCUUCUCUGCCGACUCUCGCUUCAUGGUCUCCGCCUCCGACGACAAGACCCUCCGCCUCUGGGACGUCGCCACCGGCCAGGUCAUCAAGACCCUCCAUGGCCACACCAACUACGUCUUCUGCGCCAACUUCAAUCCCCAGUCCAAUAUGAUCGUCUCGGGUUCCUUCGACGAAACGGUGCGCAUUUGGGAUGUUAAGACCGGGAAGUGCUUGAAGGUUUUGCCGGCUCACUCCGACCCCGUCACCGCCGUCGAUUUCAAUCGGGAUGGCUCCAUUAUUGUGUCUAGUAGCUAUGAUGGGUUGUGCAGGACCUGGGAUGCCUCUACUGGUCACUGCACUAAGACUUUGAUUGAUGAUGAGAACCCCCCAGUUUCCUUUGUUAAGUUCGCGCCCAAUGGCAAGUACAUUCUUGUUGGCACUUUGGAUGAUACUUUGAGGCUUUGGAACUUUUCAACUGGGAAAUGUCUAAAGACUUACACAGGUCACAAGAGCUCGAGAUUCUGCAUUUCUUCCACCUUUUCUGUGACAAAUGGGAAAUACAUUGUAAGUGGUUCUGAAGAUAAUUGUCUAUACCUAUGGGAAUUGCAAAGCAGGAAGAUUGUUCAGAAAUUGGAAGGUCACACGGACACUGUUAUAUCAGUAUCGUGCCACCCCACUAAGAACAUAAUUGCAUCCGGUGCACUUGGGAAUGACAAGACGGUGAAGAUCUGGACCCAGGAGAACUGA